AUGACGCCAGCGAAACGGCCACGCAACACUGGAAGGAUUAGUUUCGAUGACAGUGAUUUAGUUGGAGUGACCCACCCCCACACUGAUCCCCUCGUCAUCGAGCUACAUGUAAACAGAUUUACCAUCAAACGUGUUCUCAUUGACCAAGGCAGCACUUCAGAGAUAAUGAAUUACAAAACUUUUGUCAAGCAUGGUUUUACCGAUUCGCUCCUAUCUCCGGCUGAUUAUCCUUUAUUUGGCUUCAAUGCUAGCCUGGAGUACCCUUUGGGCAAGAUCACACUGCCUGUACGGGCCGGAACCAAAUCAAUAGACGUAGAAUUUCUAGUUGUUAAGCUCCCUUCGCUGUAUAAUCUAAUCAUGGGCAGAACUUGGUUACAUACAAUGCAAGCCGUGCCAAGCACCUACCAUCAACUGCUCCGUUUUCCGAUUGAAUACGAUAUUAAACAAAUUUGCGGCUCUCAAAAGUCGACGCAAGCAUGCUAUCUUCUAGCUGCAAAGAGACCGAGGGAACUAGAGGUGCAUUUAAUUGAAGUACUGGAUAGGGAGAGUCUCGACGACAUUGGGAGGAUCCCAAGUGAAAAAGCAACCGAAGCCCUGCACCAGGUCGAAAUUGAUAGAAAUCUUAACCAGCUCUUCAUGAUCGGCGCUUCCUUGGAUAACGUCGAACGGCAGGAAUUAGUAGCCUUCUUACUCAAAAAUAUUGAUAUGUUUGCAUGGUCCCCAUACGAAAUGCCAGGAGUAGAUCCAUUGGUAGCCCAACACCGCUUGAACGUUGAUCCAAAGUGUAAGCCAAUAAUUCAAAGAAGCCGGCGGACGGCCGCGGAGCAUACUUCGGCCGUCGUUGAAGAGGUAGAUAGGUUACUCGAAACCGAGGCAGUUCGCGAAGUAGCUUAUCCUACAUGGUUGUCUAAUACUGUGGUCGUGAAGAAGAAGAAUGGUUCUUGGCGCGUCUGCGUGGAUUUUACAGACUUGAACAAAGCUUGUCCCAAGGACUGGGCAACUUAUCAAAGACUACUGACUUCCAUGUUCAAGGAACAACUCGGCCGUACCAUGGAAGUAUGCAUCGACAAUAUGGUAGUCAAAUCCAAUGAAAAGCACUCCCAUUUAGCCGAUUUGUCAGAGACAUUCGGCAUUCUUCGAAAAUACAAGAUGAAAUUGAACGCUUCUAAGUGUGCAUUUGGCAUCGGCUCUGGCAAAUUCCUUGUCUACAUCGUUAACCACCGAGGAAUCGAAGCCAAUCCAAGACAGAUCACAGCAAUUCUAGAGCUUGGAUCCCCUCGAUCAGUGAAAGAGGUUCAGAAGCCAAUGGAGAUGGACGCUGCCGCUUUGGACGGCCUGAAAUCUUACCUCCGAUCAGUUCCACUCUUGGCAACUCUUGCAGCCGGUGAUCCACUCAUUCUGUAUCUGGCAGUAUCUGACCAGGCAGUCAGCACCGUAUUGUUAAAGGAAGAACUAGGGGAGCAGAGACCAGUUUACUAUGUGCGCAAAGCUAUGGUCGACGCCGAGACACGUUACCUUCCAUUAGAAAAGCUCAUCCUUGCUCUCGUCAUGGCUACAAGAAAACUAAUGCACUACUUUCAGGGUCAUACCAUUGGGGUGCCAACGGAAUAUCCCCUCUAG